AAAUGUUCCAAAAGUUCCUUUAAAAAUUUGUUUUGAGGUUUUAUAAAUUUUAUUCAAUUAUUUUACUACAAGGAGCUACUAAUAGCACCACUAUUGGUACAUUUACCCUAGUCCGCCAGAGAUUUGUUCAGAAAGUGCUCUAGGGAUUCCAUUGAAAAUCCCCGCAUGAAUGUGUCCAUGAAUUUCUACAGCGGUUCAUCCGUAAAAUCCUGCAGAAAUUACUCCAGAGAUUCUUGCAUUAUUACUUCCAGUGUUCCGGGCAGAUAUUCCUUCAUUCAUUUCCCAGAUAUUUAUCCUGCAUUUCCUCUAAAAUUAACUCCAAUUAUUUCAUUACGAAUUCUUCAAAAUCAAAAUUAUGUUCUAAACAUUUCUACGAACUUUCCAGCAGUUCUUUCAGACAUUGCACAAAAAAUACUGAAGAUUUCUUUAAGCAAUCCUUGAAGAAAUUUAUAAGAAAUUCAAGGAGAAUUGCCUUAAGGUGAAACUGAAUCCAUUUCCUCAUUUUUUUUGGUUUUUGAUCUUUUUAUAAAAUAACAAAGCAAUAUUUUCGUACACAUGUAGAGUAUGGAUCAAGGUAUCUCCUGAUUUUUUUUCCUGGUGGAAAAUGUUUUUCGUUUUUCUCAGAAACCAUUUUUAAACAAAAAUUCGCAAAAAAAUGUUUUUUGCAAAAAUGGAAAAAAUAUUUUCACCACGAAAAAAAUUUCAGAAGAUACCUUGAUCCAAACUCUUAUUGCUUCAUUAAUAGUCAAUUAAUAAACAAUCAAAAACCAAAAAAAUGAGAAAAUUCUUCCAGUUUCGCCUUAAGAAUAAGUUAUUUGGAGUACAUAUCUCAUAUUUUCUAGAGCACCGUUUUAAAGAACCGUUAAAUGGAUUCUGAUGAAAAUACACCACAAUGUUGACAAUCACUGGACAAUCAGAAUGGUACAUUUUCAACCAUAUACGCUGAACGUAAAACGGUGCUCUAGAAAAUUUGAGCUAUGUCCUGCAAAUACCUUGUCCUUAAAUAACUCCAGGAGAUACCUUUGAAAACUUCUAGAUGAAAUUCUUGAGAAUUUUCUGAAGGAAUUCCUGGACAAAAAAUCCUGAAACAAACCUCUGGAGCAAUUCCUGGAUAAAUGCUUUGUAUGAAAUCUAGGAAAAUACCAGAACACCCCUUGAUUUUCAGAAAAAAAUAAUCACUGGAGACUUCUGGAGUGACUCUGCAAGUAAUUCAAAGGAAGAAAUGCUUUUGAAAUUUGUGAAGAGAUUCCUGGAAAAAAUCCGAAAAGGAAUUUCUGAAGCAAUCUCUUGAAAAUAUCUGCAUAAAUCGCAGGCAAAGGCACUGGUCAAAUUCUUGUAGAAAUCCCCUAAUAAAUUUCUGAGGGAUCCCUGGAGGAUUAUCAGAAGAAGUCCUUGGAAGAACUCCUGAAGGAAUUCUCAGAAAAAAAUUGAGUUCAACAUCUGAAGGGAUUUGUACACAAACUAAGAUUCAUUCAUUCAUUCAUCACAACUGCUACCUGGAAAAAUUUGUGAAUGAAAUCCUGUAGAAACAAAAAAAAAAAUAAAAAAGUAACAGGAAAAAAUCUGUUCGCACCUGUGUCACCCCAGAACCACUGAAGAAAUAUAAAAAUGAGUGUUUGAUGGAAUCUUUGAAAUGAUACCUGGAAGAACUGGAGAUCCAUGUGCAGGUAUCCGUAGAAAAAAAAUCUUGAAAAGCUCCUUGAAAAAUGCUAAGGAAUAGAGUCUGGAGUAGUUUUUUCAGGAAUUGUUGAGAGUAUUUUUGAAAAAAAAAUCAGAAUGAAUCUCUGAAGGAAAAUCUAAAUACAUUACUCGCCAAUAAUAUGGAAUCGUUGCACUACUUAGUAUUGGAGCACCCAAAAAGUUUUGCAUCACCCAAAAUGAGGAGGAAAAAUGGAAUAAACCUAGAACCAAUUAGGCUGUGAGUACAAGUUGCAUUUUCAUAGAGAACUAGAGGGCCAUAAGUGAUUUAUGCCUCAAACACCUGAAAUAAUCACAUUUUAGGGUGCUGCAAUAUUCAGUAUGGGUGUUGCAAUAUGCGAUUCCAUACUUAUGGCAGGUAGUGUAAAUCCAAAUCAAUGCCUGGAGAAUUACUUGAAGGAACUAUUGGAAAAGCCCCAGGAGCAUCUUCCAAAUGAGUGGAUCGGACCUGGUGUGAUGGUUAGAACACUUGACUAUCACGCCGAGGACCUGGGAUCGAAUCCCACUCCCGACAAACUCGCAAAAUGUGAGUUCUUUCUUCGGAAGGGAAGUAAAGCGUGGGUCCCGAAAUGAACUAGCCUAGGGCUAAAAAUCUCGUUAAUACAGAAAAAAAAAUCUUCCAAAUAAUUUUCUUGAGAAAUUUCUUGAAGAAUUUCCAAAAACAUGCCCGAGAAAAUCCCAGACCAUAAUACAUGGAGUUCAAACUGAAGGAACCUCUUUUUAUUAUCUGUAUUAACGAGAUUUUCAGCCCUAGGCUAGAUCAUCUCGGGACCCAUGCUUUACUCCCCUUCUGAAGGAAGAACUCACAUAUUGCGAGUUUGUCGGGAGUGGGAUUCGAUUUCAGGUCCUUGGCGUGAUAGUCACGUACUUUAAUCAUGAAGGAACCUCUGGAGAAACUUUAGGAGUAAAUAGUUCCUAAUUUCUAAAUUUUUGAAGGAAAAUCUUAGAGGAAUUUCUGAAAGAAUCUUUGUGCAAAGAUUGCUUUUGGAGUUUCACCUUUUAAAGAAACAUUUUCAGGAUUUCCUGUAGAAAGCCCUGGAGAAAUUCCAAGAAGAAUUUCUUGAAAAAAAUCUAGAAGAAUUUUCGGAGAAAUCCCAAAGAAAAACUCCUACAAAAAACUCUGGCAACAUUUCGGGUGCAAUUCCUUCAGCAAUGUUUGAAGAAAGGAACACAAGCAUGAACUUAUGUAGCAAUUCUUGAAGGAAAUUCCCAUAGAAUUCCUUAAGGAAUCCCAGGACGAAUUUCGAAAGGAAUUUCUUGGGAAAUCCGUGGAGCAGUUUCAAGAAAAAUCUUUUGAAUAAUUUCUUGAGAAAGUUCUGAAAAAGUUCCAAGGAAAAUUCCUGGAGGAAUUUCAGAAAUAAUAUCUGGAGAAAUCCCUGGAGAAUUAAAAAAUACACGGACUGUGAUAUAUUGUGAAGGGAUACUGAAUUUUUAUAGGAAUUCUUGCUAAAAUCAUUCUAAGAAAUCCUGCUGGAAUCUUCAUUCUGUAAACAUUCCAGCAAAUGUUUGAUAAAUCUUAAAAGUUUCUCAAAAAGAAUUUCGGGCAGUGUACCUAGAGGUAAGCCUGGAGAAAAUCACAGGAAAAAAUUUGAAAUAAUAAUGCAUGAUGCGUUUUUGGAACAAUUCUUUAUUAUUUAGACGCAAUAGUAAAAUCAUAUCCUUGGGAACGUUUCAAUGUAAGGGGCGCUGAAAUUUGGAAACCCUGAGUAACCAGCUCUGAUCAUAAUAAAUUAAAUUAAAUUCGAGAGAUUAAGUGGGAAAAUAAUUAAAAAAAACUGGGAUCGAGUCCCACUCCUGACAAACUAAUAAAAAAGUGAGUUCUUCCUUCGGAAGGGAAAUAAAGCGUGGGUCCUGAGAUGAAUCAGCCCUGUGACUUUUGAAUUUCGUAAAUAAUGUUAAAAAUAUGGUUAUCCGGGAUCUUGUCCCAAAUUCUUGCAAACAGUUUCCAUAAAUUAACCAAACUGAGAUAGCUGAAUAACAGUUUCUAAAACUGAAGUUUGCUCUAGAAUUGUUUUUUCAUACAGCUAAAAUGGUUUUGUGUAGUCCUUGUUUGUUCUCACAUGGCUAUCACAAUGCUUAGCAAUGUCGUAGUGUAGUUAUUUUUGGCAUAGGGUUCGCACAUUUGCGCGUAGAUGCCAAUCGUAAGAUGAUAGAUGAUGGAGGUGUUGCGGCACAGUUUGCAUGGUUGCAUAACUUGUAGGUGUUAUAUGAUAGAUUAUCACUGUGCUAAGGAAGUUAGAAGGAAGGGAAACGGAUGUUUCAUCCCGUUUCUGGUUCUAGCGAUAGUUGGAUAGUUGGAUAUCGACAAUUUCUUUUUCCUUCAGUGCGCGCUUAUAUUUUAGUCAUGAACAAUUCAAACAAUUCUAGACCAAAUCAGUGAUGAUCGAUUGAACAUUUCUCUAUUAAUAACAAAAACUGAUUUUAUUUUGCAAUAAUUUUGCACUCGGGUACUCACUGCAAGUGGGAGCCAUGCACCAUCAACAGCGUCAAGCAUCCCCAAAUCAAACGACAAUCAUUAGUGCUGGUUCGUCGGUUUCAGAUUCAUCGUCGUCGUCGUCGUCCUGUGAUCCUAAUUGGUGUGCUAUACUGCAGUGCCGCGUGUGAUAAGUGAUUGGUUGGAGAUUUUCGGCUCCAAAAUCGGUUCUGAAGAGCAGUCAGUGUGAUCGUUUGCGCCAAUUAAAAGUCGAGCAGCAAUGGAAGAAAGCGUGGAAAGUGUUGCGACCACCACCGCCGGCGGCGGCGGAAUCGAGGAGAAGGAAGCGGUGGUGCGGGUGGUCGGCAAGUGGAAGGGCAAAAUGAGCAAGUUUCGCAUCAGCUACAGUGCACUGGAAACGUACGACGGGACGACACCGAGCGCAGGCGGCGGAGGAGGAGGAAACUGUGGCAGCAGCUACGGCGGAGGUCCCAACGGGUCCCGUCGGGGGUCCAAGUUUUUUCAGAGGCCACGCUCGAUGUCCGCCUGGAGCGACAUCAGUCGCAGUAGCAUGCGGUUGGAUGAGAGGUAAAUGGUUGAUUAUAUCGAGUAAUCUUUCAAUUUUUACGUGUUUCACUUAUCUUAACUACACUAGGUUACAAAAUAAAACGAAAGUCGUGAACUUCUCGACAGAUCAAUCAUAUAAAAGUAAAAUAUUAGCAAGAGUUCGCACACAAAACGGCGCUAGUGCUGUAAUGGCUUUUUGAAAAGCUGCUCCGAAGACUGUGAGCUUACAUACUCAAUGAGCUACAUUGAAUACAAUUUAGUUCGAAAUUCAUUCACCUCGUGACGCGUGUGUUUUUGGUUGC